AUGGUCGAAAUACCCGAAUGUAUGAUAGUAAAAACCUCCAUUGCUGAAGAAAUUUUUGGGAAGAUGCUGAAAAGCUUUGAUGAAGUCAUGUCUCUAUCUAACCGAGCUAUCCUUUGCCCUAGAAAUGAAGACGCCCACAAGAUAAAUCGGCAGGUAUUGGACAUGAUUCAUGGAGAGGAGGUAUCCUACCUGAGUGUGGAUUCAAUUGAGGACGAAUCUGGUGACGAUACUGUCUUCUACCCAACUGAGUUUCUCAACGAACUCCACCCUUCCGGUAUGCCUCCUCAUGUCCUGUGUCUCAAGGUCGGAGCUAUAGUUAUGCUUCUACGGAACCUGAAUACGAAACGUGGACUCUGUAAUGGAACUCGCCUCAUUGUCACCAAGCUGCAGACUAAUUUGAUAACAGCCCAGGCUCUUACCGGCUCGGCUGCUGGGCAAAUAGUUUUCAUUCCAAGAAUUCAGCUUGCGCCGGUAAACCCAGAAUUACCAUUCGUUCUUUGCCGUCGCCAAUUCCCAAUAAAUCUUGCUUUCGCAAUGACAAUCAACAAGUCCCAGGGUCAGACCUUGGAAUUGGCGGGCAUUUAUCUUCCUGAACCUGUCUUUAGUCACGGCCAGUUGUAUGUUGCUUUCUCAAGAGUUCGACGAUCGAGUGACGUGAAUGUAGAAGUGAUUACUAAUAAAAAGCAAGGAAGGUUAAUUAUAGGCAGUGAAAAAGUAUUUACAAAAAAUGUUGUUUUUAAAGAAGUUCUUAAUUGA